AUGAAAGGUCGUUCCCAUCAACAUGUCCGUCAUGCGCGGCGCGCCGAAUUACAUGAACAAGAUGCUGUUGCUGCACCAAUCGUGGUUAGGCAACCCAAUCCAGAGCCAGCAUUAGAAACAAUUGUAUCAGUUGUUUACGUCACCGCUUCACAAACCUUCUCUGGAUCAAUUGCAGGUUAUUCAACUCAAGGACAAAAUGACGAAACAACAUCAUCUGAAGCAGUAAAGACAGUCUCUUCGACCAAAACUACCGCCGCCAAAACAACUGACAGUUCCUCAUCCAAUGAAAGUCAUACUUCAACUGCCGCAUCCACUCUUAAGACUUCGGCUUCCAGUUCUACUGAGCUUCCUAGUUCAAUCAUCGCUACAUCGUCUGUAGGAAGUUCAAUUGCUAUUCUCGCAGCUAGUAAUAAUGUAGCAACAUCAAUUACGGCAACCGGUUCCUCUUCGACUGCAUCCUCAACUGCAGCAGCAGCAGCAGCAGCAGCAGAUAAAUCCGAUUCUGGUAUGAGUUCUGGUGGUAAGGCAGGUUUGGCCGUUGGUAUCUUAUUGUUAUUUGGUGUUGGACUUGCACUCCUCUUGUUUUUAUUCAAAAAGAAGAAACAAGCUGCUAAGAAUGAACGCCUUGAUGAUGAAAAAUCUGAGAUGGUCGCUUCAUCCGCUCGACGCGCAGAGGCUGAUCGUGUUGCAAUUCAACGUCAAGCAAGUCAACGCUCCGCUCGAGGAACGGCAGCAACGGCAGCAGCAGCUCAUCGUCUAUCACUUCGUCCUGUAACUCAAUUCCAACCUUUCAACAACGAAAAGCAAGGGAUUAAUCAAGCACCAGCUCAAAUGGGUAGCACGUUGACACCAAUCUCAACUGCGCCUAGUUAUCACUCACAACGACCUCUAACGUCAAGUCAAGAACAGAAUAUGAAUAAUCCAUUUGGAAACCACGCCGAAUCGAUUGAUACACCCAAUACCAAUGGUCCCCCUGUUAUCGAAGCUUUGAGCGCUGGAGGUGAAGUCAUUGCUGCUUCUGCUGCUAUUGCUGCCGUCGUACAAUCUCCUACUAGCUCUUCUGCUCCUACCGUCCUACCAGCUGGCCCAGCUCCCGUUCCAGCCAAACAAAUUGGUCUCACUCGUAGUGCUUCAAAGGCUGGUAAUGGUCUCAGACAAAUGGAUUUCACUACUAAAAGUAACACAAUUUUGAGUCCACCAAGUCCUUCUGGUUCCGAAUUCAGUAAUGUAUCAGGAAGUACUCAAGCUCAAGUUGCAACCGGUAUAGCUAUUGCCGCAGCUGGAGGUCCUCCUAAUACGGCAGUUCACCGAGUUCAACUUGAUUUUACUGCUUCGAUGGAUGAUGAACUUGAUUUACGAGCUGGUCAAUUAAUUCGAGUUUUGCAUGAAUAUGAUGAUGGAUGGGCUCUUUGCAUUCGUCUUGAUCGUUCUAAACAAGGUGUUGUUCCUCGAACUUGUCUUUCUACUCGUCCUGUUAAACCUCGUCCACAACAAACUGGUCCUCAAGGUUCACCUGCUAUGCGUCAACAACGUCCUAUGUCACCUGGUAUGAAUCAAGGUCCUCCUCGCGUUCCAAACAAGGAUGGUUUACCUUAUCCAUCAUCUCCAAUGAGUAAUCGAAUAAUGACACCAAAUGGACCUUCACCAAAUGGACCACCAAGACCAAUGCCACCAAAUGGACAAGGUCCUCGUGGUCCUGGUAUGAUGCAAGGUCCUCCAAGAUCAAUGUCACCAGCUGGUAAUAGACCAAUAACACCCCAAAGUCAACGUCCAAUGGUACCUCCAAAUCAUCCAAAUCAACAACGUCCGAUGACACCUCAAGGUCCAUCAGCCUCAAGACCAAUGACUCCACAAGAUCAAACAAAUCAACAGCGACCAGUCACUCCACCAAAUCAACAAGUGGCUCCACGAAAUGAGGGACGUGCUCGAAGUGAUUCGGAUACUGAUCCUAUCUCCAGACAAACAAGUCUUACAAUGAAUCCUUCACCAUCUGAUGAUCCUUUAUCUCCUCCAAAUGUCAAAAGUCCAGUGGAGAGAAAGCCAGUUCCAGGUCAAGCCAUGUAA